AUGAGUCAUAUUUUAAAAGCCGUGAUCAAAUGGGGCGAUGUGAGGGUUAUAAGCAGGGCGAGGCACGACGCAAUUUUUCCGAGUAAACCACAAAAGGUUUAUUCGUAUUGGUCGCGAUAUGUGGAGAGAUACGGAUUAGUUGCUGUUCAAUCACCAAGAAACCGGCAGUGUAAUUUCGACGAGGAGGUGUACCAGGGGUCAAACAGUGCCGAGGACCUACUAUCGCCUGACCUCACAUCGUCCCUGCUUGUAAUGCCUACUUUCGACGGAACCCACCCACGGCAACAAUUAAAGAUUUUAGACUGCAGUUUAUGUGGAUGUUGACUGCAGCCCCCAAGACGAAACGAGCUUAGACGGCAGAGAGAAAGAAAAAAAAUGUUGUAAUCGUCUUUUUUUGUAUAAAUAAACUUUUAUUGGAAA